AUGCCGGUCACUUUCGACGUCUCGCCGGUGACUCCCAGCGAGAUUCGCUGGUAUGAAACUCAGAGGCCCGUAGAUGUACUCAGGACGGCCUGCAAUCCACCGCCAGCCGACAUGGGUCCACUCCUGCAGAGCUCGAUUAGCAAAGACGAACUUCGCACGCUCUGCCCCCAAAGCAACGGAUUUGUGCACGGCGUGAUGCAUGCAUAUGCGGGCCACCACCACCUGGUCAUUCGCCCUGACGACGUAUGGAUAGCUAUCCUCACUCAGCUAAGCUUCUACGUCAACGCCCAUGCCGAGGAGCUUCGCGCAUAUUUCGUUGCACACGAGGGCACGCGGAGGCUCGUCGUUUCCGACGUGGGAACUCGCCAUAGCGUCGAUUUCGGACGCCUCGCGCGCGCUAUGACCCGGGAGAUUCACAAGAAUGUCGUCGACAGCACACUGGCCGAAUGGAUUUUGCCAGAUUUCACCACCACUACCAUCAAGGACAGCACGGUCUGCUCGGUUUUGAUGAUGUCCACCCUGAAGGCAUACUUCGAAUACUUCAUGGACAUCACCUGCGGCAUCCCAACCGUCACGCUCGAGGGCACCAAAGCGGACUGGCUGCGCAUCAUAAAGAGACUCGAGCGCCUCCACGAGCUCGGCGAUGAACCCUCGGCAUGGGCUACCAUGCUCUACCCAAUCCUACGCCGUUUCGUCUCCGCCUUCGACGGCAAACCCGACAUCGAGUUCUGGAAGCACGUUGUGUACCGACAACAGGCGUAUUGCGGGCAGGACGACCUCAACGGCUGGCUGACCGCCUUCUGCGUGUGGACGAGCGAGGGAAAGUGGAAGGCGGGGCCGGUAUAUUCCUGGGCCGCCAUCCCUCGUCCGCCUCAGACUGUUGUAGCGUCUGGCCCCCGUCCUGAGUUUGUGAAGCCCACCUCCUCGCGGGGUAUGCGGCUGGCGAAGAUCGUUUCCGCGCCCUUCAAGCGACGCGUCCGGAAAUCCGUAGACGGAGCUUCGUUGGAUCAGCAUCAGGAGGCGACGGCCUCGUUAGAGCAGCCUGAGGGGAAGGCGCCGGAGACAGUAGAAGCCGACGGUAGCACCCCCGUCAGCCAGAGCGUGCUCAGAGUUGGCAUGUCUAUUUCGUUAGAUAAAUAUACGACCUCAUAUACUCUCGACGGCGUCCCGUACUUCACCAUCGAGGUCGGGAGCAUCCCAGCAGGCUACUCCGAAGUGGACGUGAUGGUCAUCGAUAACGGGACGGAGGUCCCCUGCAAGAUGGUCGCGGGGCACGUGGCGAUGGCGGCGACGGCGAAGGAGCCUGGAGGGGUGGUCAACACGAUCGCGCCCGCGCCGCAGUGGUUCAUGCUCGAGAAGAAUACGGCGUGAUUGGGGUCGUGUUCUGGUAUGUGGUUUUGUU